AUGUUUGAUCGGUCACUUCUGCAAGCUCUGUUCAGCAGGGUUCAUCUGAAGGAGUAUCCUGACUUAAUUCAGGUUCAUAGAAGCUUCAAAAAUGUGAUUGAAGACAAACAUUUUUCCUGGGAAUGUGAUAGAGAAGAGACAUACAAAAUGCCCAGCACUCAGCCAAGUUGUGAACGAGGGGCAGAGCUAGCCACACAUGAAAAUCCAGUGCAAUCUUGUGCUGUGGGUCUGAUGGAUAUGCAGAAGACAGUUUCAUCUUGUUCCCCCCAGAUAAACAAAAGAGGCCAGCAAGCAAGGCCAGCAUGUGACCAAGUACCUGAAAUAAUUGUGAUCAGCAGUGAAUCCAGUGGGCAGGAAGUGCCUCCAGAAGCCCAGAGAUCAGCACCGAGAUGUGGGCCUGGUGAAGAGUGUGAGGAUGGCCAGCCUGGGCCUGCAGAGCAUCUGGCAUCUGAAUUCAGAGCUCCUGUUUCUUGA